UCAGGUGAGUUUUAUUGCCACCUUGGUUACACAGUAAUUUCAGCCUAAGCUAUACAAAGAAUCAUAUGAUGGGAUAUCAGGUAAUUGGACAAGUAAGAAUGGUCUGUCAGUACAAUUGUGGGAUAAAGAUAAUGAAAGGAACCAAAGGUAAGAGCUGACCAAAAGGGUAGUUGACUUUCAUGGGGGGGGGGGCGGAAUCUUAGCGGAAUGUACAAAAUUUCAUUUAAAUGUGUUAAAAACAAGAAGAGAAAUCCAAAGGAGUGGGAAAGGAAGAUGAGCCUCUGAGGUUCUUCCUCGUGGAGCUUACAUGGAGAGGAAUCUCUAACCUUUGGGAUGUUUUUCAAGCAAGAUCUGUCGAAGUAUUAACAGCAGGGGAAAUGGCUCUUCCAUUUGCUCAGGCAUUCUAGGAAUCUUUUUAUAUAUUUAUUUUUCAUCAUUGCCAUUUUGGCAAAAGCUUUUUGCAAAGCAGCAGUUUUGGGACUUUUUGCCGAGUUGUAAAACUUGACAGAAGAUAAAAUUCCCAAAUCAUUUCAGAAAGGAUAAAUAGUAUGAAGGUCCCAAGAAGCUUGUUUAUUUAUGCUCAAGACUUUCAAAGACUUCCCAAAUAACCUUGAAGAAAAUGAUAUUUAGUCCAAUUGCUUUUUCAAGUGCGAUACCGCCUAUUGGUUGAAGAAGAAUGUGCUGGUUCUUGUUCAUUGGUCUCCUUGGAAAGAAUAAAAAGGAAAGUAAUCAUUUCUAAAAUUCUUACAUGAAGCUUCUCUUUAGUGGGUCUUUCUAACAAGAUCUUGAAUCUGUUAAGAAGAACACUCCUCUUGGGAUUACAAUGAGAGUGGAUGUAUGAAGAGGCUUAGAAAUUUAAAUGUGGGGGUGUUGUUUUGAUAGGGGUGGGGCUGCACACACUGCUUCUAUUUGGUUGUCAUGCUGUUACUUCUGACUCAAUUUUUUUCUAAAUAUUGUAGCAGAUUUCAGGGAUCCAAAAGAGAAAGUGGGCUUCAUUCCUCCUCCCGUCUUUUGAAUUAGUCUGAGUAGGUGUCGGCAAGGAGAGAGAAAUCAACAUUUAUUUGCCUUUUCCUUGCAUAAAAUGAACAACAGCAAGAGUGUGGUAUACACAGUAUAUUCUCCAUAUCAUCAUAUAUAAAUUUGACUCUGCGUUUCCACCUUCAUAAUGGAGAAAAGGAUGAGUGACUCAAAGGAACGUGAUAACGGGGAGAGGCCCAUCCUACAUUUUUCUAUUGAAGAGAUCUUAAAAAGAAAAUCCAGGGAGGUCUGCUUACGCACGACGACGAUCUGCAAUAACCACGCUGAGGAUGCUCAAAUCCUCAGAACAGAGCCAAUUUCAGAAACGGCUAAGGAUGAAAAGAAAGGGAAACGAAGGAUCAGGACAACAUUCACAGCAGAGCAGCUUCAAGAGCUAGAGAGGAUCUUCCACAUUACACACUACCCAGAUGUUAACAUCCGCAACCAGCUAGCAGCAAAGAUCAAUCUUCCAGAAGCCAGGAUCCAGAUCUGGUUUCAGAAUCAGCGGGCAAAGUGGAGGAAGCAUGAAAGAUUUGGCAAUUUUUGUGGUCUUCAGCAUCUAACUGAGGUUGAUUUUAUCCCAGCUCCAAAGGCAGAGACAGUAGGUCCCUGCCGAGUGCCAUGCAGCCGUUGUGACAUAGGCCCCCACCCAUGGCAGUACUCCUCGAUCCAAGAGCAUUCUUCAUCUUCUUGGUUACCAGACAUGACGCCCUGUGCCCUGCUGCGCACAGAUCCAAUGAUGUUCUCAAAGCCUUAUCUACUCUUUGACUACCUCCCUCAGUACAGCCUCCCACCUCUGUCCUUGAAACCAGCAUGGAGGCAUAUUGGUGGCAAUUUCACAUAGAAGAGGAUUAGGAAGGAAGAGCUACUAUGCUUUGUAGCAUCAUCAUUGAACUAGCCUGUUGCGGUGGACUUACACCAGGGAAACCUGCUGGAUUCAGAUCCCCAAGUGGCCACAAAAGUGGCUAGAUGGUCUUGAAUUGAUUGCUAGAAGAACAUAGGUAGUUGCUUUUUACAGACUCAAAGGUCCACCUAGCUUAGUAUUACACUGACAGGCAGUGGCUCUCCUGGGUUUCAAAGAGAAGUCCCUCUCAGACCUGCCAGGAGAUACUAGAAACUGAACAUGGGACCUUCUGCAUCAUAGGAGCCAACUCCUAGGGGCUAAGGCCUCUUCGCCCCUCCCAUAAAAUAUUCGAGGGGACCAGGGUCCCCAAAGUUGAUGGCCUUUAGCAUUCAAAUGGUGUGUGUGUGCCACAUCUUGUGAUCAAUUAGGUGGGGCUUACCUGGGCCAGUCCAAUCUUUUAUUCAAGUUGGCACCCUUGUUCUGCAUGCAAGAAAAAUGGUCCACUGCUGAGUUGCAACCCUUCCCCAUCUCUCAGCCUUGCCUACUUCACACCGGUGAGGAUGAAAGAAGGAGAAACCAUAUGCGUCACCUGGAGCUCCACAGAAGAAAGAAGAGAUGCAAAUGUAAUACCGAUAAUUGCUGGAGGAGAAUUCAGCUUAAUACAAAGCUAAAAUGCUUCUCGUUGAACUUGAAGAAUGAAUGCUGCUUGACCUAAAUGAGAAGCAAUUAUAGAAGAAAGCCAACACUUCCUCCAUUGAAGGACUCUGCUUGAAAAAAAUAUCACUUUCUAGGUGUGGGGUUAAUAUACCAAAUGGAUAUUGCAUUGCAAUGUCUGUUGGAGAGAGUUGAGGCUUUACACAGCCCUAAAACUGAUGGAUAACACUGUUGCAAAAGUGGCCUGGGAUGAUAAGAUUUUAUUGGUCAGUGCUGGAGGUGUGGAAUCACCUUCCCUCUUCAGGAAAAGCGCUAUUAUUCCGUUGAUCAAACUGGACAAUCUAAAGCAGUGUUUCUCAAACUUGGGUCCCCAGAUGUUGUUGGACUACAACUCCAAUCUGGCCUUGCUAGCUAGGGAUGAUGGGAGUUGUAGUUCAACAACAUCUGGGAACCCAUGGUUGAGAAAGGCUGAUCUAAAGGAUAAGGCUGUUGGAUUCUUUGCCUUGCACACUUUGUGUUAGUUGUGCUUGGUGGGGUAAAACGUACGUUCAAGAGAAGGGAUAAAAACACCAAGGUAGCUUUUGAAUAACCUUAUUUCUGUGAAGUGAGGAAUGAGGGUGUUUGCUUUAUUGUAUUUUGAACCUGAAAUAAUGGCUUAUAGAUUAAUAGUUGGAGGGGGAGAGAGAUUAAUAGAUGGAGGGUGAGACAGAAUUAUAUUGGAUGAAAUACUGGAUGUCUUGCCCUGUUGCAUUAAGGAGUGUCUUUAAAUGAUUAAAAUCUUUAUACAAGGAAAUGGCUUUUUGUGUUGUUGGGGUUUCUCCAGUGCUGAGGAUCAGUGAACCACCAAAGAACAAAACCAGAAGGAGCCAUGUUGGAGGCAGAGCGAUUUUGAAUUCUCCUAGAAUUCCUGUGUGCUUUUACAGGAAAAUAGAAAGCUGCCCCAUGUCAAUCAGGCCAGGUACACAAAAGUGAGGUUC